GCGUUUUACAAAACGCAUGCCCCCGACAAAUCAAUACCGAAAGUCAUGUAGGUGGUUGCCAAAACACCCAUGAGAAAAUCGAUUUGAGGUUAACCCGAAACGAUGGAUCUUUCAAAAUUAAAGUGAAAACAAAACAAUGUCCCAAAAAUCAAAAUGCAGCGUAAAUUCGGACGGUAGUGUGCGUCUGGGCGAUAUUUUGGAUUCGUUCAAUUCGUGUAUAAAAGAGGAACACGCCUGGGCGCUCUGUUAUCAACUAGCCAAAUACUUUUUGGAAUGUUUGGGCACUAAAAAACAACACAUUCACAAUAUUACCGAAGUUCAACACGUCUUUCUUAAUAGCGACGGGUCUGUACACGAGAAUACGAUUUUAGCUAAAGACAAACCUCGCAAAUUGUUAAGGUGUGAAAACGAAGUUGUUGCCGGAAUAGGGGUUGUAAUUUAUACCACAUUAGACAAUAAAGUAAAUGAUGGGGAAGAGGUCCUGUUUAGCAGCGACUUGGAACAGCUCAUCAGCGAUAUGGUAUCGGAUGAGGCGAACAAUUCAGAACAAAGUCACCACGAGACAGAUGACGAAGGCAUCGAACGGGACUCGGAAGAGAACGACGAAGCCGGCUCGUCAAAGUGCAACGCGAAGCAUAUAACCUUGCAAGAGGUUCUGAGGCAGUGCGAAGCGCACUUGGGUACGCUAACGAAAGCUCAAGCAGAAGCGCAUUAUAAAGCGGUCGUCAGGGCUCUGGUGGCGGAGGCCAUUGAAUUAUCGACGUUCCUGGAGAAAGUGGCUCAGGGAAACAUUAGUUUGCCGUCAAGCAGCGCAAAAAACACCAACUUGGAGGAGCUCAAGUUUACGGACUGGGCCAAGUUUUGGGUACAAGUGAUGGGCGAACUGAGAACCGGAGUGAAACUGAAGAAGGUUAAUUACAGUAAGGCGCCCAUUGAAUACGAGUUGACUCCUUACGAAAUAUUAAUGAAGGAUAUUAGAACAUGCAGGUACAACCUGCGUAAAAUUAUGGUGAACGGCGACAUACCAUCCAGAGUUACCAAGGACGCUCACGCCAUCAUCUUAGAAUUCAUAAGAUCGAGACCGCCACUGCGAAAGGUCUCCGACCGAAAACUGCCGCCGCAACAGAGAACGCUCACUCCUCGCGAGCAGUUGCUGCUCUCGAUCAAAAAGGGCAGGAAAUUAAAGCCGGUACCGUUGCCCAGGACGUCGCAGCGCUACGGGAGCGACAAGGACCAGCCGAAACCGUCGGGCCGGCGUCUAAUAAAAGUGGAUCUCUCGCAAUUCGAAGACGACGACGACGACGACGUCGAGGCUCCCGAGACUCCCGACUCAUCGGAACCCGGCCUGUGGUCCAGCGAAUACCAGGAAAUAUGCGACCCCACCACCCUAGACGCGUACGACCUAGCCACCAGGGAGUGUAAUUUGGUGGGUACGAGACGGAGCACGUUGGGGGUGACCGACGCGAACCCCGGCUGCUAUUCGGUGCCCCAAUCGAGGCCAGGUUCGCGCCAGUCCUGCAACAGUACCGAGUCUGAAUCGAUGCCGAUGGAACCGGAGACGGCGAGGGCGUUGCAGGACGAGCUCACCAACGCGCAGAGCUGGCAGGACACCAUAUCACUCGACGACAGGCUCUCCCUGACCUUGUCUGAGAUCGUCCACAUACGGACGGUACUGACGAAGGCUGAACUGGAGGCGUUACCGAUUGAGGGACGGGUCAGACACGACGUCGAGAGCCGCAAGGUGUGCUUUCUGUGUCUGAAGACUCGGUUCGGUAUAUUCGGGCCUUGGGGCCAGAGGUGCACGUUGUGCAAGCGCACCGUUUGCACGCGCUGCUACUCCAAAAUGAACAUCCCGAUGGAGCACUUCAACAGCGUGCCCGUGGUCCUGUUGAGUCCGAGCAUCAUAAGCAGUCCCGCGGAGGGUGGCUCCAAAGAAUCCCUUGCCAGAUCUUUAAUCGGUAAAAUUAACAACGCGGAUAUGUCGGAAGGCAGCGUUUCUGAACCCGACCGUCCCGUAUCCGCGAUGGAUACCAGCAUCAUCAGCGACCCAGGAGGUGCGGCGAUGACGCGCAGCCCUUCGAGGCAGGGGAAAUUCCGAGCGAACGCGACGGCCGUCGCGAGGACCGCCUACGUGGUGGACCGUUUCAAGGGCUCGCAGAUGGUGGUGUGCCACGAUUGCAAACUGAUGGUUUUGCAAAUUAUCAAGUCGGCGCGCGCCAACCGCUCCGCCAUCAGAAACAAAACGCUGCAGAGCCUCACGCUAAACUUGUCACCGGUAUUUUAAUUAUUAUUGUGAUAAAAUAAGCUGCACGUUGGGUGGGGAGCCCCUCCCGGUCGCCGAAAAUGCAAAAAGGUACGCGUUCUGUCGUUAUUGAACUAAAGGCCGGUUUUUGCGCGCCGCUACGACUUACCUUACGGAUUCGCUAAUGUCGUGAACUUGUUGUCACUGGUGGAUUUCAUUUCAAUCGGGAUUUCAAGAUUAGCGAUACGCCACCUGCAGGUCAAAUGCUAAACCAUUCGGUAGUAGAUUGAGGUUAUUGAUUUUUUUUUAUUAUUGUAGUGGACGUUUUGUGACCGUCGGGCUCAACAACUAUUGUUCAGAACGAUUUAUUUUAUUUUGUGUUUGUGUGCAUUUUUGUUUCGAUAAUGACAUCCAUAGCUAAAAGUUCAAAUUAUACGAAAACCAAAUUUGGAAAAGAAUUCAUCGAAAAAAGUAUAGAGACUUCGUAUUGUCAAACGGCACAUAUUUCAAGAAAAUAUUCUGGAGUUGAAGUGCCACAAUGCAAAAUAAUAUACUCUGCGUUAAGAACUUUUCCAAUAUACCUGGAGUGAUCAUUGCUUCUCGGGUAUUUUGCUUAAAAACAGGAAUCAUUACCAAAAAGCAUUUAAAAUAAUUUCAGUUGCGUGUAAAUUUUGUAUAUGAAACAAAUUAAAAUUUGGCACACUUACCGACUUCAAAUUCCCAAAUUUCACGAACUUAUAUAGCUUUCUCUUUCACUCUAAACAAAAGUUGAAACUGAAAACUAGUCAUGUUAUGUUUGAAUGUACUGCGCUGUAGUUCAAACGGUCGCGCUGCGAUCUUAUUUGAUAAUCCAAUAAUCCAAUAUUAGAGAUGACGUAGCAUCUGCCAUUUUGGUUGGUAACUUUUCCUUCCUCUUCAUGUAGGUUAUAUUUUGAUUUCGAUUAAAGUACCUUACCUUGUUGUUUUAUUUGCAAUUUUAAUAUUUCCAAAGCAAUAAUUGAACACAAGUCUAUUGAUAAAUGCUCCCGAACAGUGUUAAGUAGUCUCCAUUAAUUUAAAUGUCAGACAAAAACUUCGCGAAACUUCGACAGCUGGCAUCACCCUAAUUCCGAUGACGUGUCGCCCAAAAACAUAAGCAAAAAGGUUUGUUUUGCUUUCUUUUUUCACUCUACGCUUUGCUUGAUUCGUACGGAAAGUCGUAACGUGUAAAGCGGUCAAUUUGCAGCGAAUUUUUGAACGCGUACUCGUACGAGUACAAUUCAAAAAAGCUAACGGACAGUACACAUUGCCAUUUUAUAAUUCAAACGAACUUUGUUCUUUUGGAUGGCGGAUUUCAACCAGAAUUCAUAGUCUACGCGUUGUAACCUUACACAAAGCCAACUAUUUUAAAAGGUCUGUUAAAACUUAAAUUAGGUUUUUUUUUGCGAGUGAUCAGUUAACCACUGCAGGCUCAGAACGAUUUUCCUCAUUUUAUUGUAACAUUUCACCACAAGUAAUUAGCUGUUCGAAGAUUGUAGAAAUGUAAAACAUAACCAACAAACGUCAGUUAUUAAUUUACCUAAACCAGUAACCAUGCUCAUAGACGCAGUUAGUGAAUCGGUAACUCGCAAAAAAAAUCCUUCAAAAUACUGCGACGGUGGUCAAAAUGACAACACUCCACUACACAUAAAAAUUAGUAGGGCGCCUUUUAACCUUUGCUUACACUAAAAAUUGCCAAUUUACAAACUUAUUCGUCUCUGAAACUUUUUAUUAUUGUUCCAACAAUUUAAUGAAUAUUUACGUUCUUCGUCUAUGCUUUACGAUUUUCGUGGGUCUGUGCUCCAUUUUAUGUUCUUGAAAAGCCUACGUCAAACGACCCAUAGAAGGCGAAAUAUUUUUUGUUUUUGUUGCGCAAGUUUGUUUGCACGUUUAGCCGCUAGAUGCACAGCUCAAGUCAGUUCGCGAAGUGAAAACUGCGCCAUAAAUUGUGUCUAUUUCCAAUCUCCAACGCAGUACGUUUUAUACAGGUGCGUAAGAGCUAUUAACUAUGUAGAUAGUGUGGGUUGCUGCUGCCGUGGCCUAAUACGUAAAUUUAUUUCCGUUUGCCGUUUUUCGGUACCGAACAAUUGUUUUCGAACGGCGUUAGCCCGGGAAGGGCGUGCUCCAACGCAAAAUUUAAUCUAGGACAAAUUUAGAUGUUAUAUCGACGUGAAUGUUCAAUCUCAUGUGAUUUUACGGUUAUGAUCCGAUCUUCCUCUUUUGCUCGCCCCACAUCCGGUUUUGCCAUUACUUUCGAUAUCGAAAAGAAGUUAAUUGGUUUUUCGGUUUCCUUUUCGCGUGUCGCUCCCAUACAUAUCGAAUAAAAAUAAUUUAAUUUGUUAAAAUGAUCGAAAUUUCGAUUUUCGCGAUAUUUAUUUUUGAUUUCAGACCCAACAUGUUUUGUGCGUACUUUUUUAUUGUCAAAGUUUUAAUUUAAUAUAUUUUUUAUUUUGUUUUCUACCUUUUCCAAAAUUUUUAUCAGUAUUUUAAUUGUGACAAUAUUGACGUUCAAAAAUGGCGACGUUUCGGAGAUCAUUGUUAAACACAUGGUAGGGGUCAGCUUUGCGCAGUCUCAUUUAUACCUCCGAUAAAUGAAUUAUUCACGUUCGCUUACAUUGCUUGAAGGUAUCCCCUCGAAACGUCGACGCCCGUUUUACUUAUCAGUAUUUUAUUUUGUUUCAACUCUUGAUGCACUCGGUAAGAAUAGUCAUCAAAACCAGUAGUGAUACUAGUCUAAAGAAUCCCUAGCCUGUUGAUAUUUAAUUCCUAUUUAUAAUUUUAAGUGAACAAUAGUGAAUUGUAUUUAAAAUAAAUUUAGAAAAUUUUAUUUUGGUAACUUCGACUUUAUGCAAAUUCUUCCAAAGAUUACGAUAAAUUGAUAUAAGAUAACUAAAAAUAAAUAUGGCUG